GGAGGAGCGUUUACGCUCUCGCUAUUUACUAUUUACCUUGCAACCCAACCAAGUCAAACCAGUCAAACUUUGAAUUGACAAUUUUUUUAAAUUUCAACAAUUUUUAGCCAUCUCUCGUUUAUCAAGGACUUUGAAUCUUUAGUGCACCCGAUCACGGAGUUCUGGGAACUCUGACCAAGAAAGGUGAAAGAUCUGACAAUUUUGACUGAGUAUACUGAAGCUUAAUCCCGUCAACCAAUGGAGUUCCGUCUUGGACUGCUGCAAAACGAAAUUGAGCACCUCAACAAAAAUAUGGGGCUAAUGUCAGAAGAAUUGAUUGUCCUCAAAGAAUUCAUUCGUCAAGAAUUCGCUACUAGUUUUGAAGCGUUCAACAACGCAAGGAAAGAUAAGCACAGACAUCACCAUCAUAAAAUUGCUGCAGAACCAUCAUCCUCGCAUCAUAAACAACCUGCAUUUCCCGAAAUAAUAAAAAAUGAACCAGCGCUGGACGCAUAUUAUGACGAAAAUGACGCUGAAUUGGAUAAUAUUGAUGAAGAUGUGGUGGUGGAGGUGAUAGCGAUUUUGAAUUUUAUCCAAUAAACGAAUCCUUCUGUCCCGACGUUGAUCCUUUGCAAACCAGUCCCAACAACAGUCCGAUCAGGAAAGGAAAACCAAAGGCCCAAAUCCACAAAUACUUUGAGCAUAUUUCGAUGCCCGAUGGAAAAGUGCGUACAAAAUGUUUCACAUGUCAGGAAUAUGUUUCCAAUCAAGCACAAAGGUUAAAGAAACAUUUUGAGAGAUGCAGUGGAAAACUAAACAUGGACAGCAAAGUUAUCAAGAGAAUUACAACAAUUGGCUAUAAAAGGCCAUCUGGGUCAUCUGAGAAUCCAACAAAAGUGGGAAGAAAAUUGGACAGAGUUCGAGAGUUAUUCGAAGAACUUCACGACAAAAGUGGAUUUAUUAAAAUGAAAUGCCUAAGUUGUGGUCAUCUUUCAAGUAAUCAAGCUAGCCGGAUGAAAAAACACGUUGAAAAAUGUGAAGGCCUUGCCAACAUUGAUCAGCACCGGAUAUUUACACCAUCCGAAAACCAUAAAGCAUAUAUUAAACCUUCCACAGUUCCGUCAAGCUCAUCAAACAUGCAAUUGUCUCAAA